AUGCAUCAGGCACACCAGUUGUCAGUGGACCUAGAGCAAGCUAGGGAAACUAUAAUAAUAAAAAACAAAGAAAAUUUGAAGUUACAAGAGCGAGUGCUGGAGUUGGAGAACCAUUUACGAGAAGGGGAGACAAAGCUGAAACACACAGAAAAAACUCUAAAGCAGGAAGAGGAAAUGCAGACAAAAAUGCUUACGAGGCAAGAAAUGAAUCAUGUGCUGUCAGAGUUGUCCCAUCAGCUUCAGUUUCACAUUGAAACAUCACGCCUGCUUGGCCAGGGUGGCAAGGAUGAUGGAGAACUGGUUCACAAACUCAGGAGGUCCCUUCUGGAAGCAGAGACUAAACUGAACACAGAACGUACUUUGCAUGCAGUGACCAGAAGUUCUGUUCAAGCCCUUGAGGAAGACUGUACCCGCUUAAGACAAACCAUAUUGAUGAUGCGGAGGCAUGGAGCACAUAAAGAGAAGAAACAGAAGUCCCGCAUGGAGGAGAUCAAUGAAAUCAUAGCCAGGUCACAGACGAGAGCUCAAGUUUUACUGGCAAGUGGAGAAUUCAGCCUGGAUGGAUCACUGCGUAAUCUUACUCCAUCACGAGACUACUGUGUGGCUGAUUCCAGCUUCUCACCCGACACAUCUUUUGCCAGCGAUGCUAGCUUUAGUGCAGCUCACCUAGCGAAUCUGUCAUUUCUGAACCUGUCUGGAAAUCUGGACAGCUACAGUCCCAAAAAAUAA